AUGACGAAAGGUACACAGCCGCUUAUUAACUUCUUCAAGGGACAUCCAACCAAUAGUUUGCUUCCUGCUAAGGAAAUUGCUAAUUCUUAUAAGAAGGUAUUAUUAGAGUACGACUAUACGAAGUAUGAUAAUGACCCAUUGAACAGACAUGCAUUGACGUAUGGCGCGGAUGCUGGUAAUUUGGACACAAGGAAGGUUAUCAGUAAGUGGAAUGAUAAGUAUUUUGGAAGAAAUGACACGGAUCCAGAUUGCAUUAAUCUUACAGGUGGGGCAUCCUAUGGGUUUGCCAACAUUUUAGCAUCAGUGACCGACACCAAGAAUAUCACGCAGAGAGGGUUUAUUGUUUCGCCUACGUACUACUUGAUUACUCCUUCGUUUAUUGAUGCUGGUUUUGGAGACAAAUUGACAGCGGUGGUUGAAACUCCUGGCGAAGAAUACGAAAUAGACUUGAAAUAUUUGGAGGAGCAGUUAGAGUUCUAUGAUAAGGGAUUACCGCUGGUUGGCGACAAGGAAAUAAACAUUAUUGCUGAUCCCUCAGGAAGACCUGAUCGUAAGUUGUAUCGCUACGUUAUCUACAUUGUUCCUACAUAUUCAAACCCCGGAGGGUUGGUAUAUUCAACGAAGACAAGAAAAAAGUUGUUAGAAUUGGCAAGAAAGCACGACAUGCUAAUUGUCAGUGACGAUGUUUAUGAGUUAUUGAACUAUACUGAUUCUGACAAACCUAUUCCAAGGUUCAGUUACUUAGACCGCGAUUCGCUUCCUGAAGGAAACAAGUUUGGUAAUACUAUCUCCAACGCAACUGUUUCCAAGCUUUUAGCCCCGGGACUCAGGUUUGGAUGGCAAGAAACCCCCACGCCCAAAUUAGUGCAGCAAUUAGCAAUAACAGGUGCUAAUCUUUCUGGAGGAACUCCAGGUCAACUUGCAUCUAUUGUUGUUCAAGACUUAAUUACAAGCGGUCAAGCCGACAUUAUUAUAGCCGGCCUUAUUAAGGUGUACAAAUCAAGAGCUCAAACGAUGCUCAAAAGCAUCAAAAAAUAUCUCCCUGCUUGCACCAAUGUAUACGGUGGUGAAGGAGGAUAUUUCUUGUGGGUGACAAUUAAUGCCGAUAUCGACCACACUAAAAUAGUCGACAUCUUAAAAGAAGAAUAUAACAUCAUUCUUGCAUCUGGAAGUAACUUCGAAGUGUGUGGUGAUGAGAAAGGCUGGGGAAAGAAUAGUGUUAGAUUAUCUGUCUCCUUCCUCAACGAACUCGAAAUCGAAGAUGGUAUCAGAAGAUGGGGAGAAGUGCUCCGCAGAGAGCAUAUAGAGAUAUUCAGAAACUAA